CAUUGCACGCGCGGCGGGACGCACGUCGCUCCCGCGUUUACUCACGUCACUUUGACAGCUCGCGUUCGUAAUUUAAAUUUGAAAAAAAGAAAACUGUUUAGCUUCGUUCUGUUUAUUCGAAAUCUUGCCGUUGAACUUUUGUAAAUAUUAAAAGUGAUUUAUUAUUGAGUGCGCGCGUGUUCUCGAGUGAUAGACUGGAAUAACUCCCGAGGGAACCUGUGAACUAUCAGCUGUCACAACGUUGAGAUGGAGGCGAAGGUGAAGGAGGAGAUGGACAAGGACUACAGCACCCCCGCACCCACCCCCGCCGAGCGACGGAAACCGGGCGGCAAGGAGCGGCGCUCGCCGGAGCAGGAGGAGGCUCGAGGGAGUCCCACGCCGGCGCCCAGCCCGCCGCACAACGGGACCACAGACUCGCUGUCCCCCCCGCUGCCGGACGCGCGGGCGCCGGCGCUGCAGCGGCUGCGGCGGUUCCUCUCCGCGCUGCAGCAGUUCGCUGCUGAUGUCAGCGCGGAUACUGGAGAGCGCGUGCGGCAGAUGAUCUACAGCCUUGUUGCGAGCACGAUGACAGUAGAAGAGUUCCAGGCGGGCGUGCAGGAGAGCACCAACUACCCGCUGCGAGCCUCCGUGCCGGGGUUCCUGCGAGCUCUACUGCCGCUCGCACAGAGGGAUAUACUGGCCCGGGCGAGGCAUGCCAAGCAGACGCCGCUCCAGUACAUCCGCAGCCACGAGCACCUGGUGCUGGAGUCCGGCGGCGACUCGAGCGACAUCUUCGGCCCGCAGCCCGCGCCCGACGCGCCCGGGAAGCGGCGCGCCAGCGAUCCCUUCUACGACGCGCCACUACCGACCACAAACGGCAGCCACGAGCCGGAGUACCCCCCCGCGAAGCGCCCCGCCCCCUCCCUGUUCCUCAACCCCCCCUUCCUCUACCCGUUGCCGAGUAACGCGACGCUGUUCGACUACGGACAGUAUCACCCGUACCACGCCGCCCAGGCCGAGGGCUUUGAUCGGAGAGAUGGCGGCAUCUCAGUCCGCGACGUCUCAUCAAUGAACGCCUCAUUCGGCGACGCGCGGCCGAGCCUGCUGAAGACAGACGACGAGUGGAGGAACAUCAACACCAUGCUCAACUGCAUCCUCAGCAUGGUCGAGAAGACCAAGCGGGCGCUCGCCAUACUGCAGCAGAGAGGCGCGGAGCCAGCGGACAGCUGCGACAUCAAGCGCGCGGCGGCGGAGAUCAUGGCGGCGGCCGUGAGGCAGACCGAGGACCGCGUGGCCGACGUGCGCAGGCGCGCCGAGGACGCCGUCAACCAGGUGAAGCGCCAAGCGCUAGUAGAACUACAGCGCGCGGUGGGCGCGGCGGAGGCGAAGGCGCUGGAGCUGGUGGCGGCGGAGAGGGGCAAGCAGGCGCCUGCACGACCGCCCGGAGCCCGGCCCCGAGCUCAGCCCCAACAACCAGCACACCCAUAACCCCCUGGUACUCCGCAGUGCUGCUGGAACUGCGGGCGCAAGGCGCAGGAGACGUGCUCGGGGUGCAACGCGGCGCGCUACUGCGGCGCCUUCUGCCAACACAAGGACUGGGAGAACCACCACCAGGUAUGCAGUGGCCGCGAUCAGAAGCCGUCAGCUCUCCUCACGACGUCCCCUCCAGCCACCACCUCAUUGGGCAAAACCCUGACGCGAUCCACCACCCCGCUACCGGGAACCAUUAGCGACAGACAUCCGGCACCCGCCGACAGGCACCCAGCCAAUGCCGAGCGACAUCCGCCGGUGCCGGAUCGCAUUCCGACCAAUCAGGUGGCGGCUGCGUCAGAGCGACUGCCGCUCCCGACCAAUGACAGUCGUCUGUCGUUGUCGACGCUGAAUACAGCUGAGAGAAUGCUGUCUAAUACUCAGGAGAGGACGCUGUCAUCGACGAAUAGUGAGCGGAUAGCUCUGGCGAGCUUGUCGAGUGCCCAGGGCAUGAUAGGGGGGGUCGGGGGGAAAAAAUGACGCCUCGGGAAGGAGUCCGCGUGUGUCAGGCUUCCCCGCAAGAUUCGGAGAUAGAUCGUGAUCGUGAUCCGCUGGUCGUUUCAUUUGUAAAGCUAAGGCAUUGUACUUUAGCUCGUGACGGGUGUAUUUUUUAAUAAACAUGGGUACUUAUCCAUAGCAUUUCUCUACUUACUGGUCUACUGCUGUAAGAAAGAGCCUAGUCUUAAUAUUGUAUUUAUGAAACCUAUCCUAAGAUAGGAUUUAUAACUGAAAAAUACACGGGUAAUGAUGCAAAAGACAUGUAAGAAAAGAAUAUAAAACUAGGCGUUUUAUUUAAUUGCUAGAGCUAUAGACCAAAGAUCCUGUAAGUGAGAUAUUAGUCAGAACUUCAAAAACUGUGUGAUAAGAAGAUGGAUUAUUUAAAUACUAAGUGCCAAUUUCUCCAUAGUCGAUUAGAGCAUACCUAACUCGGGGGUAGUGGUUUACUUUUGACACAUCUGUCAUGAAUGUUAUAUGGAGAUGACUUUUAAUUUAUAAAUCAAUCCCUGUCGGUUAGAUAACCGACAAUGGAGAAAUUGGCUAACUAUGGUAAAUGUGGUUCUCUGUACAUAACUUUUAGAAUAAGUAUAUAUCUAAUGUGCAGUACCUAAGUACUUUUACCAAUAAUAAAUAUUAUAGCGUCACAGUUAGAAAACGACUUGCUCGAAUGUACCUACCUAUAUUUCUGUAAGUACCUACUUAGGUAUUUGUUUGUUAUCAGGUUAUCACUGGGAUUUUUACAUGUUUUCAAAAGAGUACAUAAUGUACUUACAGAACUAUAAUUGUAUUCAGAUCUUCAUAAUCAUACAUUUCUCACUGUAAAUUUAAGUAAGUACCUACUAAGUAUUUAAUUCUUUAAGAUUGUAACUAAAUUAUUGUUUACGUGUAUAAAUAUUUUAUGUAUAAGUGUACAAAUGUAUAAAUAUUCAAAUUAAACGUUUUUUCCAUUGUAAUGUUGUGCAAUACUAUUUUAAGUUGUAAA